AUGAAGCCUGUGCUGCCUCUCCAGCUCCUGCUGUUGAUUCAUCUAGCACCACAGCUGGUGCCUGGGAGCCCCAAGCAUCGUUUUAUAAAGUAUAUUUUGGAACCUCCACCCUGCAAAGUGAGCCCGGAAAACUGUACUCAAUUCUGUACCUUGCAGGAACAUUGCCCAAAACAACUUCAGUGCUGUUCUGCCUUCUGUGGGAUAACCUGUACAUUAAACAAGUAUACAGCCAAGGAAAGACUGUCCUCUGCAGAACGGCUCCCCUCAACUGACCAUUACUGCUCUGGAGACCCUGGUGUUGCUGAGAAGAUCGAGGAGGGAGAUGCCAGCGAGGUCCUGAGAAAAAUGUUGAUCUUGUUCCCAGAAAGUGCAGUGCUGAGCAUCCUGUAG